AUCGUCAAGAGAAAGUCGCGCGCUUUCUUUAUGAUGCAUUUGGUGAAAGCAAGGAUACAAAUAUGGUUACUGCCACCGAUCAAGAUCAGAACAAUAUAUUACAUAUAGCUGCACGAUUAGCUCCUCAUUCUCAACUAGAUCACAUCUCCGGUGCAGCUUUGCAGUUGCAAAAUGAACUACACUGGUUCAAGUCAGUGGAAAGCAUUGUUCCACAGCUCAACAAACAGAAAAAUAAAGAUGGUGAAACUCCUACCCAAGUAUUUCAUAAAGAGCACAAGAAAUUGUUUAAAGAAGCCGAAGGAUGGAUGAAAAAAAUGGCACAAUCUUGUAACGUCGUAGGUGUUCUCGUUAUCACAAUUAUGUUUGCUGCGGUUUUUACCAUUCCUGGUGGAAACGAUGACGAAACGGGCUUCCCCAAAUGUUUAAGCAAAUUCAAUCCUAAAACACCGUAUGCUGCCCAAGCAUGCACGGUAUUUUUAGUAUCAGAUGCAAUUUCUCUUUUCGCUGCAUCCAGCUCAGUGCUAAUGUUUAUGGGGAUUCUCACUUCUCGUUAUGCUUGUCAAGAUUCCCGUAAUUCGUUACCCUUUAAGUUGAUUUGUGGCCUUUCUUUGCUCUUCAUCUCUAUUGCAGCAAUGAUGGUAGCAUUUUGUGCUACUCUUUACAUGAUGCUACAAAUGGAAAUGGGGAAAGCCAUUGCAAUAAUAUUUCUUGGCGCCGCUGUUCCUGUCACUUUGUUUAUAUUGCUGCAAUAUCCUCUUUGUGUUGAGAUUUAUGGCUCAACUCUUCGCCAAUCCGUCUUUAAUAGGAGAAGAUACUGGACAUACGGAAAGAAUGUAUGCUCAGAUUUCCAUAGGAGAUGGUUAUUCAAAAUGAGGAGAGGAUCGCUGUUUGUGACAUUCUGUGCUCUUGUUUUUCUUUAUUUUAUUUCGUUUAAUGUAUUUCUUACAAAAUUGUACUGGUAUUCAGUGGUUUAAUUGAUCAGAUGACUGUAUUAUAAAGAUAGACAUUUGUAAUAAAUUUAAAUGCCUCCC